CGCAGGCGCGUGGCUUCGGCGCGCGCAGGCGCGAUAAGGGCGCUGCUCCUGGUCAAGUCUAGUGGUGUCCGAGCCGCCGCGGCCGGAGAGGAGUGGCCGGAACUGCUUGUCUCUAUAUUUACAUUUCUGUGCCUGAUAGAAUUUUGAUUCAUCAUGGAUAAUCUGUCAUCAGAAGAGAUUCAACUAAGGGCUCACCAGGUUACUGAUGAGUCUCUGGAAAGUACAAGAAGAAUCCUGGGUUUGGCUAUUGAGUCUCAGGAUGCAGGAAUCAAGACCAUCACUAUGCUGGAUGAACAAGGGGAACAACUAAACCGAAUAGAAGAAGGCAUGGAUCAAAUAAAUAAAGACAUGAGAGAGGCAGAGAAGACUUUAACAGAACUCAACAAGUGCUGUGGCCUUUGUGUCUGCCCAUGUAAUAGAUUCUCAGAUGUUGGUUGUUUCUCUGAAACCAGGACGAAGAACUUUGAGUCUGGUAAGGCCUAUAAGGCAACAUGGGGAGAUGGUGGAGACAAUUCACCUAGCAAUGUAGGAUACUAAGCACCAGGCCGAGUAACAAAUGGUCAGCCUCAGCAACCAACUACAGGAUCAGCCAGUGGUGGAUACAUUAAAACGGUAUGCCAUAUAACUAAUGAUGCCAGAGAAGAUGAGAUGGAAGAGAACCUGACUCAAGUGGGCAGUAUCCUAGGAAAUCUAAAGAACAUGGCCCUGGACAUGGGCAAUGAAAUUGAGGCUCAGAAUCGACAAAUAGACCGAAUCACAGAAAAGGCUGACACCAACAAAGAUCGUAUUGACAAUGCCAAUGUCAGAGCAAAGAAACUCAUUGACAGCUAAAGCUACUGCUGUACUUCUCUCUCAUUUAUUCACUUCUUCAGUUCCUCCUCCUAAAUCAUUACCUUUUCAGAGUUUGAUAUUUUGGUUCUGUACUCUUCUAAUCUGGAGAUAAUGUGGAAGAAGGGCCAGAAGAAUAACAGCCUACCUGAUAUUUUAUUCCUGUUUGAGGGUAGGCUGUUGCUCAUCCUUCCCUCUAGGAUUUUCUUUCUCAGUUCAUACUCUUAGAUUGGUUUUCAUACAUCACACAUAGUGUUUUCAUCCUUUGUGUUUACUUGUGCAGUUUCUUUUGUUUUCAAGAUUUUGAAGCAUUGCCAAAGACGGCCAUGAAGAAGAGAGCUGUAGAGGUUUUUUUUUUUUUGUUUGGCUUUGGUUUUGUGGUGGGUGAAAAACAAGAAAUGAGAAGUCAUCAUUUCAGUAAGAACCUGCAGGCCACAAACAAGUUGAAUAGCCACAGUAAAGAUCUAGUUGGGUUUAGUUUUUGCCAGUUAAGGCUAAUGCUUAGUUUUGGAGCUUUUAUAUACAGUAUUUUUGUCAGACAUCACUGUUUUUGCAACCUCUGCUCCAAAAAGUAUAAUGAAUUUUAGUUAAAGUGAGCUCAAUUUCUGAACUCUUAGUGAUUCACACACACACACACACACACACACACACACACACACACAGAUUCUGUGAUCUCAUUUCAUAUUGCACAUUCAGGAAAACUUUGUAAAUGAGUGGCUUUUUAUUUUCAUAUUAUUAAUAGUAUCAUUGUCCCAUUACAGGCCUAUUAAUCUCAUAAAUUUAUCAUUAGUCUUCGAAGAAAAAAAUAUGUAAAUAUAUAUGUGUAAUAUGAGAGUUUCUCUCAAAAGCAGGGCUUAAAUUUUUUGUGGAAGUUUGAUAAAGUAUAUCAUGUGAACUCAGAUUUACCUCAAUGCUAAGAAUUAUGUUUAGAUAGGAAAAAGGAAAUUUAUGUUGAUCUCAGGUGAAAAAAUAGGUUGCUUUGAGUUUUAUAUAGCUUUAGACAGUUAUUAAAAGUUAGAAUUUAUUCUGUCUUACUAAAAGUGAUUUGGAAAAUUAUAUUUGGUUUAAUUAUUAA